GUGGACAUUAAACAAUGAUGAUGAUCAAGAUAAAUAGCAUUGGUUAUUUACAGUUAACAUCAGCAAUAAUUAUUGACUGAGAGAGAGAGAGAUAGUGCUCUGAGCUUACAGAAAGCUAUUGAUACAGCAACAUGUGGUUGGCCCAAAGUGUCUGAAAGCAAGCAUGUUACAUUCAUGGCUAUGGAGGUUUGAUGUGCUAGAAAAUGCACCCAAAUCUCCCACUUUAACAUUAGUGAAUAAAUGCUCUGAUUCAAUUACAAACUCUCUUAUUAAACAACACAAACAUGAACAGAAGUAACAUAGAGAGUAAGUCAAAGACUGGGAAUCCUGGAUGUUUAAAACCAAAAUCCAAAAUGUUGUUUGAAAAAAAAUGUUGACAUGAAAAUUUACUACCGUUUUUCAGAAAACAAAAGCUGACAGGAAGUGCUCAUUGCAAUGAAUAUAGAUUUAUUAGAUUUAUUGGAACAAGAAUUCCAGCCACAUUGGAGCUUUCGAAAUGUAAAAUAAGCAAUAAAAAUAAAAUUUCAUGAAGAUAUAUUCCAGGUUUAUUUCAUACCAAACAGGAUGGUCCUGAGGUUUUGGUUACACAAAAACACAAGGCCAAACUUCAUGCUGGCUUAUGAGAUUUCUUUACUAUGGUCUUGGCAAAUAUCUUUGACAGUUGGCAGCAUUAUUUGCAGGGCUGUUAGCUGGAGAAUUGGUAUAUCUGUAACAACAGAUCUGUGAGUCACACCUCCUUGUACAACUUGUGACUAGUGGAAUACCAUAGGUUUGUCAGUCAGAGCUGACUUCAGGUUACACAAUACCAACAAUAAGUGAUGAAAAUAAGGGAGACGCUUUGUAGACACAGGAUCUGCUAGAGACAGCAGCUAAAUCUCCAUCCAAUCACACUCUAGCAGCUUAAAAAUUAAAAGCCCCAUUGGCUAAUGACUGAAUAAAAAAAUGAUUCUAACAACUGACUUGAGGCUGCAUAACAACACUGCCCUACAUCUCUUUACAUUCCUCUUUGGAUAAUGUAGUCCAGGACAGAGAAUGCUCGAAGGAAGGUCAUGUUUAAGUUUCCUCUGAAUAAAUUUUUGGUUUUUCUGCUUAUGUGAAAAAGAAACUUAUUCUUUUCAUAAAGAUCAGAAAUAUGUUAAGCUUAAGAACUUAAAAAUGAAGGAAGAAGCCUCAACCAAUCGUGUUUGCUCCAAGACACAUUGAAUUCUAAUACCAGUCACUAGAAUUGUAUUUAAUUUAGGGAUCAUUUAUUUUUUAAAAGUCUAAUAACACUCUUUAUAUUCUUUGCACUAUUUUCCAGACUUUGACAUUAAACCACAGCAGUAUUAUACAAAUUUAUGGUCCAUUCUGACACAACUGUUUUAUUAAUCAAGAAUUCAUUACUUACACAUCACUCUCUCAUAAUAAAUCGAAUUAGCUGUUAACCUCUGAUCUCAGAAUUGAGUUGAAUUCUUGAUCAAACCGUUGAUAUAAAGAGAAAAAAACAAACAAAAACUAACUUUUUAAAAACUGUUAUCAGUGCUCUAAUGAAUUUUAUUCAGUACCUAAAAUUAGAAUAGUGAUUUGACAGAGAACGCAGAGUAUCAACCAGUUUAAUAUUGUGCAAUAUUUUAGUUCAGUCGCUCUACAGAAAACAAAUAUUUUGUCAUAUUCUAAAGGGAGUUUCAGUUGUUCAUUUGCUCAUACUGUUGCAGAAAUUGACUUUUUUUGCUUAAUCAAAAAAAAAAAAAAUUAUAAAUAUAUUAAUUAAUUGUAAUUGAGCCAUUUGUUGAAGUGUCCAAAAAUGUUGGCUUCCAGCAAUGGUCAUGCUUGGAAAUUUAUGCUUCCUUUGUUAACCACAUGUCGUUAUCAUCAUUGUUUGGUGUUACCCAAAGCUUUGUCCAGAAUUGGCCAGCCUUCCAUCACUGACAAAUGCCUUGUCAGAAUUAAAACUUUCUUUAAUCCACUGUCAGAAAAUUUUAGAAAAACUUCUACCUCUGCUUCCAACUGUAGUCUGUUAAAAUCUUCCUCAGGACCUUUAUCUUCACAGCUGUCUCCUGCGUAUAUGUCAUCACCUGUUCCGUUCUGGAAAUCCCUUGAAUGUCGACAUGCAUCCUCUAGUUCUACAAAAGAAGAAGACAAAUUUAAGAUUAUAAUGGCAACAUCUACAUUAAAAGAACUCAGACAUGCUCCUACACCUGCUUUAGUUCUCGGAAUCUCAGGACUUAUACCUUUUGUGUCGUUCCCAUUUUAUAUGUUCAUGACCGACACUUACAUGCCAGAAAUGGCUUUGGCUCAAGCUACUUACGGUGCUGUGAUUUUGUCAUUUCUUGGAGGUGUCAGGUGGGGCACUACUAUUGCAUAUAACAGCAUCAUCAAACCAGAUUGGAAUAACUUAGUCCAGGCUGUGGUGCCUUCCCUACUUGGUUGGUCAGCAAUUCAGCUAUCUUGCCCUGUUUCAACAAUGAUACUGGCUGGCGGCUUUGCUUGCCUCGCCUACUAUGACAUGACUUUCACACCAUAUCUACCUUGGUUCAGAGCCUUGCGGUUGCUUCUCAGUGGCAUUGCUGUGUUGGCCCUGUGCAGUGAGCUACUCUGUUACUUGAUUCUGCUUUCAAAUGCUGAAAAAGAAAGACGAGAAAACCAAACUUGCUAAUGAAUGUGAAAAUGAUUCCUGCCACCCAUUUAGGAGCCACUCCCUAAAUGUUUAACUGAAUUUUGUUUUGGAACAAGAUUAACAUCUGUGAUGGUGCCUUUACUGAGUUGAGUCCAUGUUAUGUUCAAAAUGUUAGGUUGUGUUCUUCCCCAUUUCUUAAAUAAUGUGUUUUGUUUGUGUAUAAAUGUGAACAGCAAAUUGCUCAGGUGCAAGGGAAGCCUUUACUACUUUUCAUUGUGUGUGUGUGUGUGUAUCUUAUUUUCCAAGCAUUAUGUCUGUAUUUAUGUGUGUAUAUACACUCAAUUAUUUGAAAUUGAGACUUCUCUGUUGCUACUCUGAGUAUUUUGAAUAAAUGAUUAAACUCUGGCA